UGUGUUAUUGCUUCCUCUUCUUCUUUAGCCUGUUCGAUUGUUUCCUCUACUCACAGUUAAGCGUCUUGUAAAUCACUAUAAUUAUGUCAGGUGCUUCAGAAUCAAAUGUUUCUUCCCAAACAUCUCGAGGAACCAAAAAGAAAUGGGUUCCAGAAGAAGAUGCAGCGUUGGUUUCCUGUAUGGUGGACUUGCACAAUGUUGGAACCUUUAAUGCUGAUACAGGGUUUAAAUCCAGUUAUUUAAACGAGUUGGAAAAAAUGUUAGAAAAGGCUUUACCCAAUGCAAUGUUGAAGGCUAGGCCUAAUAUGGAAUCGAGGAUUAGGGUAUUGAAAAGGGAUUGGUCAAUCGUGUAUGACAUGCUUAAUGGCCAAAACAAUAGCGGUUUUGGUUGGGAUGAGCAUAGGCAGCUCGUUGUUGUUGAAGAUGCAGUUUGGAACUCUUAUUUAAAUAGUCAUAAAGAAGCCGGUCAAUUUAGACAUCGUAGUUUUUCUUACUACGACCAACUUACUGCCAUCUACGCACGAGAUCGAGCGACUGGUAAAGAUGCUCAAACAGCCCCUGAUGUUAUUGAAGAAAUAAAUGCUCAGGGUGUACCUACUACAGAUAUGAAUGAAGAAAGAAACGAAUUCUAUAACUGCGAAACUGAUGUCUCUUUGGAUGACGUGGAUGUUUCCGCUACGGAGCCGCGACCAGAUAGAAACCAAGGGGGUUCCUCAUCUUCAAAGAAGAAAAAGAAGAAUUCUAAUGCAAGUGAUAAUAUUUCUUCUUCAUUUAAUGAGACUGCCACUUUAUUGGCGGAAAACAUGUGGGCCAUUGGCGAACAAAUCAGUAGGAGUAUUGCCUCCGAUGUGGUAGUUUAAUAGAAGUCAGAAGAAUUCUAGAUCAUUCAAGAAAAAGCUACAAAUUUAUAUCCAACCUUAUGUGAAAUAGAAGGUUUAUCUGUGGAUGAGCGGUAUCGAGCUUUGAGUAAAAUUCCAGAUCAUCCAACUCAAAUGCUCGUUUUCUUUAGUUUACCUUCUGAUGUGCGGUUGAAAUGGGUCAGAAGAUUUCUUGCUGACCAUUAAAAAUAAUGGUUCUAUUGAUGAUAUUUUCGUAACUUUUUCUGUUUGUAAUAUUUGGGAUGGUAUGUCACUACAAUGUUCAAACUUUUUGAUGUUGUAAAACUGUAUAACAUAUGGAUUAUGA